UCCGCCUCCAUCUGUCUCACAAGUUGAUCUCUCCAUCGCUUUCCUUGUAAUUACUCUUAUUACUCAUCCUCUAUUCCCCCUCACUGGUACUCUACAACCCCUUGCCAUCUCUCUAAAUGCUCCUCCUCUCAUGACAUCUCUAGCUUCACCCUCCAAAACUUCCUCGACUUGUCGGCAACAACAAUCAUCACCCCAUUAUCACCGCCAUGCCUCGUGCACCCAGCGCCCGCUCUCAUGCAGCUCGUACAUGCAUCGCUUGCAAGCGCGGAAAACGUCGAUGCGAACUCCCUUCCUCUUCUCAGCGUCUCGAGGGAGGCGUCACCCUCCUUCAAGAAGACAGCUGCACCCGAUGCCGUCGACUUGACGUCCCCUGCAUCCUCGACGCAACCUAUCGCUAUGCCCACCUCCACACCCUCACCACUGCUCCAACUCCGCCUCCGCCAAUUAUGCCAAUCACCGAAGAGCCCAAUGUGCCCGUCAAAGUCGACUUGCAUACUCAUCCAAAGAGCGUCGACGACUACCAGCGCUUCUUCCCCCGCUACCUUCCUUUCACACUCAUGAAUGACUUCUACGUCCGCACAGCCGGCAAGCUUCCCAAGCACCCAUGUCUUAUGGACGUCCCAGACGUCCAGUUCGAUGACUUGGUUAGCGAUGAGCAUGCAGAAAUCGCUUCGAAAUGGUGUCAAGAUCAUGUGACAUGGUGGCUGCCCUUCACACCGACGAUCGCACAAGUGCGGAAACUACGCCGCGCCGGAGCGACUUCUUACACCCUUCUUUUCCUUGAGGCGGCUUUGUGCGACCUCGCCCUUCAGCAUGCCGCGUUCCCCAUUUCUCCCACAAACGCAGACAAGGUAGCAACCUGGACAGCGUGGUACUGCCGACAGCUCAUUGCCGAUCCAAGAGGCGAAUACCUCAGUGCAGCACUGCUUCUCGCUGCCUGGUUUCUGCCAUUGCUGCCGGACAACACGGUAUACCGCGACUUGGCGACGAGGGCACUUCAAUCAGCGCAGGACGACACGUUUGAGUCGAGAAUCAGUCGCGUCUGCGCAUCGGCACUCCUCGGAGGGGCACUACUCAAUGACGAUGAUGCCUUUUACGUCCAGAGCGCGGCUCUCCAGCUACCUUCUGUGGAAGAGCUCGACGAACUGGAAGCUGAGAUUGGCGCAUCACCCUCGCUGUCAAAUCAGGCCAAGGCUGGCUGUCAUGCCAUCAUUCUCCGGUGUCGAGCGUGGAUCGUAAUGAAGAAGUGUGUUGUCGAUAUGGGCGACGCCCGGCGAAGCGGCGAUCCCGAAUCCAAGCAAUUGGCCCGCAUGGAUACAGCACGCAUCGAGUUUACAAACGCCAGCAAGGCGCUGUGCGCUCGACGCGGGGCCAUUUUGUCUGUUUCACCACUUGCCGCUUGGCUCGACUUUGAAAACUGCGCUUUGGACCUGUUGAUAUCAGGCAUGGUGCUCCACUUCACCCUCGGCGACAACUUUACGCCGCAGUACUUUUACGACGUGUCCACGGGUGAAGCGGGCAGCGAAUCGCUGCAAACAUUCAUGAGCGUCCACGGCCCCCUGAACGCUGAGUCAACCGAGUGCAUGCUUGCCGCCGUCUCCAACCUGCCCACGAAGGACGUCCUGUACCCGACCACACUGACCUUUGCAUACGCGAUGCGCGGCGUGAUUAUGGCGCUGGAGAUACACGCGACGUCAUUCAAGCUCUGGCGCCUCCCACCGCCCCGCGAGCCCGUGUGGAAUCUCCUCCUGCGUUCCGUCGACGACACGCUGCGCCGCCUAAAAGGGGGCGGGGGGCAGGUGGCGGCGCGCAUCGCGAUCGCAUCUGUCGGCGCCGCGCGAGAGACGAUCCGGCGGUGGCGCGCCGAGCUGGUCCGCCGCCCAUUCAAUCCCAAUCACGCGCCGCGGCCCACAAUCACCCCCGACGGCCCGAGCCCCGCGACCGCGAAAGCCGUCGCUGCCAAGACGGGGGUCGCGGGGGUGGUCCCCGGCACGCUGUCGGCGGGUUUGUUCAGCGGCUUCGAGCCCGCGGCCGGGUUCGAGCUGCAGGGAUUUGAUCCUAUGGUCACGUCGUUUGCGGAGUGGAUUGCUGGUAUCGACUGGAACCAGUUUGUGGUGACGGAGUAGGG